AUGCUAAAAAGCUUCGUGCUUACACGCCAUGUACGGCCUUCUCUCCUUCACGUCACAACGUUUCCAUCUCGUCAUCUACUAUCAUUUUCCACUUUAAUUACCGAUAAUUCACCGCUCAUUUCAACUGAUAAAAAGUUAUCGAAUUUGUCAAUUCAUGUGACCCCAGCAGAGGACUCACUCUUUUCCUUCCUUGAGUAUAUUCAACGAUUGUAUACUCCAAAGACACAAUUACGAGUAGCUGGUGGAUGGAUUCGAGACAAAUUACGAGGAUGUGAGAGCAAAGAUAUUGACAUUGUGCUUGACAAUUUAAAGGGUGCAACGUUUGCUCGGUAUAUCACGAAAUUCCAACGAAGUCGCAGGUUACCACUCAGUUCUGUCGGUGUCGUCAAGGCAAAUUCCGAGAGAUCAAAACACUUGGAGGUUGCAACUGUAAAAGUUGAAGGAUUUACAAUUGAUUUCGUGCAUUUACGAAAAGAAGAUUGCAAGGUUGACAAUUGUAAUUCCAAAGUUACGUUUGCAUCGCCAGAAGAUGAUGCGAAUCGACGAGACUUGACGAUCAAUGCAUUGUUUUUUAAUCUUCACACGCGACUUGUAGAAGAUUUUACAGGAAAAGGAGUGGAAGACAUCGAAAAGGGUAUUAUACGCACACCGAAAGAGCCCAAACUAACGUUUUUGGACGAUCCGUUGCGAGUAUUAAGAGCUCUGAGGUUUGCAUGUGAGUUUGGAUUUACGUUGGAUCCAGCACUUGAACAUGUGGUGCUAGAACAGCGAGAGAUUGCUAUCAAAUUGGCUUUAAACGUCAGUCGUGAACGUAUUGGUAUCGAAGUACGCAAGAUGCUUGCAGGUAAAGACCCUACUGAAUCGUUUGAGUUGCUAAGGAAGUUUCAUUUAUUGGAUCUGGUAUUCAAUAAUCUGAUUGACAAAGAACGUAGAGAUGAUGGCAUAUCGCAGUGUACCCCACGAGAAUGGACCGAGUCGAUUCAGAAGCGCGCUUUGCACUGUCUAAAGUAUCUACAACACAGUCGACUAGCACUCGCCAAGUGCGCGAUCUCGAAUGUUGAGGCGACAGCUGCGAUCUUUACACCGCUGUUUCUACGUCAGCCUGCAGGAAAACGUGUGGCUUUGAUCAUAGAGGCAAUAGCGACAUAUCCAGAAACUUUUCAGGAUGUUCAAGGCCUUGAUGCUGCUAGGAUAAGCAUCCAGCAUUGCAUUCAACAAUUUAUAUGGAUGACAAAGUAUCACUCAGUCAUUGUGCCUGCUUUAACCAUCUUGGUCUCAACUUGUACUUUUGAGAGGGAGAUUGUCGAUGACGAAAUUUUAAAGAUGCAAGAAAAGAUGCUCAAGGCGUAUUUGGAUAUGGCAAAAACAUACGCUCGAAUUAACAGUGAGACAUCAAAGAGGAUUGAGAGUCAGCGUCAGCGUUUAGAUGGCAAGACUAUCCAGGAACGAUUUGGUCUUGAAUCUAAUCAUGAAAUCGCAAAAAUUCUGAACGUGCUACAAGUUUGGGAAAAGAUUCAUCCAAAUGCAAGUAUUGAAGAGAAAAUCAUGUUCGUAGAUCGAUUACGACCUCAAUUACGCUCUCAAGAAGAUACUGGAACUUGA